UUUAGAUAAGAAUCACGAUCUUUGGUCAGACACUCAUUUCUAGGAAUUUCGCAGAAACAUUUCAAAAACAAAUUCCGGAUAUUUUUUUUCAGUGCAACCAUUUUGCGAUCAUUCUCCUCUUUUCUAUCGUGAUUGUCCAUUUUCCCUGCAUUUAUGUAUUCUUGAAUGGCUUAAAAAUAUUUUUUUAUCGUGAUCUUUCAACUCUGGGUAUGCGAUCAGUUGUAAAGUACAGAUGAUCACCACUCUCCAGCAAGGCAGGGAUCCUCCAGUGGCGAUCGAGUGAAAACUGGUCAGUUUUUUUCAAGCAUUCACCAGAGUCUGGAGCACCCGGGAAGCUUUUAGCAGAGAGAGAGAGAGUGGGGAUUUUGUGGUACACACGGUGUUGGAUUCAAAUAUUUGAAAUUGACCUCCAACUUUGAGUGUUAUCAGUUGCAACCAACACACUCAUGGACCUUGAACUUUUAUCACAUUUCUCUCGUUCUCGGUAAUAAUUUUGCCCUUUGAGUGCGUCCUUUUGCCUGCAAAAUUUCUCCAAGAUUCCACAUCAUCAUGAAGAAUUCCCUCAGAAUUUUUGAUCUCAAGCAGAGAAUUUUUAUUGUGAAGUGCUUCUAUCAGGGUUUUGGUGAUUACGACUGUGUCAAGAGGAAUUUUUUGAGUGCCUUUGGAGCGGCUUAUGAUUCACUGAUUCCCACUAAUGAGAUCGUCAAUGAGGUUAUACGGCUCUUUGAGGAGACGGGGAGUGUCCUGAAAAUUUCUGAUAUUUCUGAGGAUUUUUUGGAGUUGGAAGACAAUGAGCAGCAAAUUGAUCUGAUUUACUUCAAAGCUCAUCCGGAUAAUCCUAAAUUGGCGGAAAGUGGGAAUGGAUCGCAGGAUGAGGUUGAAGAGAUAGAAUUUGAUGAGAAUUUGUUUGAUAUCCCAAGUUCUGUUGUAUCUAGUCAUGAUUCUAUGGCAGACUCUCCGGGGUAUGAUCAUCAAUCCUUUAUGACUCUCUUCGAUUACCAUCAGAAUAGUUCUUCUGUGGACAAUAGUGAUAUCUCAGAUACAAUUCGAGAGGCUGUUGAAAAAAGUCUCGAGGAUCUCGAAGAUCCCACCAAAAGUCUCGAAGCUUCCCUAUCACCACUGACUUCCCUGGACACCCCAAUAGCAUCCCUCGAGGAGACCAUUCGUGAAUUAGAAGAAUCCUUGAGGAGCAUUCAAACGGAAAAAUUUUCUUCUACUGCAGAAAACAAUCAUUCUUCAGAUUCACAGGAAGAAAAUCGGGUGAAGCUGAAAAAAGCCCCAUCCAAGAGGCAUCAGACCAAAAAGAUCAUCUGUGAGAUCUGCGGAAAAGGAUUUGCCAAUAAUUCUCGUCUUGAAAAUCACAAAGUCUGCCACAAAGAUGGAAAGCCUCAUGAGUGCUCUCAGUGUGGGAAGACUUUCAAGUGGACCUUUGCCUAUUCCCGACACAUGAAGAUUCACUUCGACACUGGAGCGAAGACGUUCAAAUGCCAGAUCUGUGGGAAGUCAUAUCGUUUCGAGAGGUACCUCAAGAUCCAUGAGAAGAAUGUCCAUGGGAAAAAGGAGAAGUAUCCUUGCAAAUGGUGCAACCAGGAAUUCUUCUCUCAAGCAGAAUUGCAGGUUCAUUGGAAGAAUCACAAUCAAGGGGUCUUUUUUUCCAACACCAAUACAAAUAUAUCGAAGAUUGUGAGUGAUCUGCAGUGCACAGAAUGUGGGAGGUUUUUCUCCAGCAGAGACAGCCUGAAGAAGCACAUGGUGAUCCACACAGGACGCUUUCCCUUCACCUGUGACAUCUGUGGUAAGGGAUUCACAUGGAAGGAGGGUGUCCGAAGGCACCUAUUCAAGCAUCUUGGUAUCUCUGACGAUCUUAGUCCAAUGUGCCAGAUUUGUGGGAAGAAAGUCUCUCGUGAAACUACUUUAAAGGAUCACUUGAAAAUCCACCUGAGAACUGAACAUGCAUUCAAGUGCCAUUUUCAGGGAUGCGGGAAGACUUUCACCUCUGAAAAAUUCCUCAAUAGGCACAUUAACGAUCGCCACAGCAGUCGAAGAUACAAAUGCGACAACUGUGAGACGGUGUACAAGGAUAAAUCCCAGCUUCAGAUUCACAUCCGCAGGAUUCAUUUAAAGGAAAAUGCUCCAUGGAAUUGCAAUAUAUGCCAGAGGAGUUUCUGGAUCAAGAGGGACUUCCGGAUUCACAUGAAGAAACAUCACAACUUGGACAUUUCAUGAAUAGACUUCUAUUGUUGCAAUCUUUAAUAAAAUCCUUUUAGAGCUCCCUCGGACCAAAAA